AUGCAAUUGACAACUGAGGACGGCCUUGUGCUCCCCAUCGAACGAAGCAAUACAACAGCGGCCACCAAUACCAAUAACAGCGUACCAAACAGUACAAGUCUCCCAGACUGGUGCAACCAGAAAGUGUUUGAGCGAAACAGGCUUCCUGCUCGCGCAUACUAUAUUCCAGACACCUCAUUAUCGUUGAAUGGGAAAUGGGCAUUCACCUAUUCACCCACGCCAUUCCAUGCUCCCCACGGAGAGAACUACAGCAAUGAAACCGCAAGUACUCUGAUCGACCAAGAUAGAGAUACGGGAGCCAGAAACUGGGGCUAUAUAGAAGUCCCGGGUCAUUGGCAACUUCAAGGCUACGGUAGGCCUCAGUAUACCAACUUCGACUACCCCUUUCCGGCUUGCCCGCCCUAUGCGCCAACGGAGAACCCUACAGGCACAUAUUUCCGAAGCUUUGAGCUACCCUCCACCUGGGAUAAAUCAAGUCAUCUGAGAUUGAGAUUUGAUGGUGUCGACAGUGCCUUCCUGUUGUUUGUGAAUGGCAUCAAAAUUGGUUAUUCUCAGGGAAGCAGAAAUCCAGCCGAAUUUGAUAUCACUGACAAGGUCACAUUUGGUACACCAAAUUACUUGUUGGUGCAAGUGCUUCAAUGGUGUGAUGGAAGUUAUAUCGAAGAUCAGGAUCAGUGGUGGCUGUCCGGUAUCUUCCGUGACGUUCACUUGAUCGCACUCCCAGGUGGUACCAGGAUAGAAGACUUCUUCAUCACAACCGGACUAGACAGCGGAUACAAGGAUGCCGAUUUGAAUAUAAAACUCAAUUUGUCUUGGGCUGAGCGAUUCAGCAUUUCUAUCACUAUCAAAAACGCUGAUGGCAAUCCUGCUGCCGAGACCGAGUCAAUGAGGGUACUAACUAGUCGCUCCACAUUUGUCAGAAAAAUCAAAGUCAAGAGCCCUCACAAGUGGACAGCGGAAACACCAUACCUAUACGAAGUGCAAAUCACGCUCAGAGGUCUAAAGAGUCAUGCUGUUCAACAUAUCAAACAACGAAUAGGCUUUCGUGCCGUCGAGCUAAAACGUGGAAAUAUCUGUGUCAAUGGCAAACCCAUCACUUUCCGGGGGACAAAUCGACAUGAUAAUCAUCCCCAUUUGGGCCGUGCUGUGCCAGAAGAAUUCGUGCGUCGUGAUCUCCUCUUGAUGAAGAAGCAUAACAUCAAUGCAGUCAGGUGCUCUCACUAUCCAUCGCAUCCAGCGCUCACGGGUCUUUGCGAUGAACUUGGUCUGUGGGUCAUCGACGAGGCCGACCUUGAGUGCCAUGGAUUCGGGUCCGCCGAUGCUCCUGACGAGGACAAGGAUUCCACCAACAAUACAAUUAGACGCACGACUCAAGACGGGAGAAUGAAGCCCAUGUCCAAAUCCCCUGCCUCGUUUACAUCCGACAACCCAGAGUGGCAAUCAGCCUACCUCGACCGUAUGCAUUCGCUGGUGGAAAGGGACAAAAAUCAUCCCAGCGUCAUCAUCUGGUCUCUGGGAAACGAAUCCUUCUACGGCUGCAAUCACGUCGCCAUGUCUGCAUGGGCCAAAUCCCGAGACCCAACCCGCCUGAUCCACUACGAACCAGAUUGGCGUGCUGAAUCCACGGACAUGGUGUCACACAUGUACACAUCGCCUGAAGAACUCAUUCGGGAGGCGACAUCACAAGACUCGGAGAGUUUCGACAAGCCUAUCAUCCUCUGCGAAUAUGGGCACGCAAUGGGCAAUGGGCCAGGUCUGCUGGAAGACUACCAAGCGGCAUUCCGCAGCCAUCGUCGUCUCCAGGGUGGAUUUAUUUGGGAAUGGGCGAACCAUGGCUUGUGGAAGGAAGAUAUCGACACGGGCAAGAAGUAUUAUGCCUAUGGAGGUGAUUUCGGCGAUGUACCCAACGAUGGCGACUUCGUUAUGGAUGGCUUGUGCUUCAGUGAUCAUACUCCCACUCCAGGCCUAGUGCAGUUAAAGAAGGUCUUCGCGCCGGUUCGAGCCUGGCUUGACGACAAGGAUGGGACGAGCCUGGUGGUCAAUAAUGAGUAUGAUUUUGUGUCGCUGGACCAUAUCUCUAUUGAUUAUAAAGUCGAAGCAUUUGGCGACGAAACCAAGAUCUUAGACUCUGGAUCUCUGAAUCUACCAUUCAUUGCCGCUGGCACAACGUCCAAAGUGCCACUUCCCAAUACAAUAUUCGAUUUCCGCCAUUCUGCAGAGACAUGGCUAACGGUAACCUUUCGUCAAGCCAAUGAUACAGCCUGGGCAAAAGCAGGCCAUGUCAUCGCCUGGUCACAGACAUGCCUACCCCAUGAGAAGCCACCGAAAGCCACAUCCCUACUAGUACGACAACCACGCAGCUCGACACUCGACUCCACCUCCUCAGACUCUCUCAUCCUCACCGAAACCCCAGUCGAAUACCGCGUCACCACCUCAAGCGCCGCCAUAGCAUGGGACCGCUUUCGCGGACACAUUGUGCUGUGGAACGUCAAUGGCGCUCCACUUCUGCACAACAGUUCCUCCUCGUCAUCCGACACCAAGCCUUUACUCACACUCGAUUUCUGGCGUCCCCCAACCAACAAUGACGCCGUGUGGCAAACCGGCGAAUGGAAACGAUACGGUCUAGACAUGAUGACCAGCCGGCUAGUUUCAUUCUCCUUCAUGGGCGCAUCCAUACACACCCGACAACUUCAAGACGGAAGUGGCAAAUCGACCAAAGGCCUGAUAUUCCAAGCAAUCCACGAGUUCGCCCCACCUAUCUUGUCCUGGUCAUUCAGCGUCAAGAUCGAGUACACGGUCUUCAUUGGAUGGGAUCCGCACGUGCCGUUCAGACUGAUGAUCCACACGGAGCUGACGCCAAAGGGUAAUCAUCCGCCGAAUCUCCCAAGGGUGGGUUAUAACAUUCAGAUGGCGCCAGCGUAUGACACGGUGUCCUGGUUCGGGUUUGGACCAGGAGAGAGCUACAAUGACAAGAAAUCCAGCCAGCAGGUUGGGAUCUGGGAGAAGAACGUUCGCGACAUGGGAACCAACUACGAGGUGCCCCAGGAGAAUGGCAAUCGCGUCGGCACGAGGUGGUGUAUGCUUCGCUCCUCAAGCGGUGCUGGAGACGACGCUCAGGCACAGGGAGGCCCGACCCAGUCUCAGCACCAAGUCCAACACCAACGGUACUCAAGAUCCGGAGAGCACGCAAGCCCAAAGCAAAAGCCUACCAAGUCUCCCAACCCACCAUCCCUCCGCGCCAGCUUCCCACCCACCGCUUCCUCGGCCUCCUCAGAGAACCACUUCCAAUUCUCCACACAACUCUACGACGCCGCCACGCUCGAGAAAGCCGCACACCCCUGUGACUUGGACGCUCCCGGCGCCAGGCGAGAAGGUGUGUUAUGGCGCAUCGAUGCCGAUGUUGCCGGCGUGGGCACCGCGGCUUGUGGGCCGGGCGUCUAUGAGCGUGAUCAGGUCUGGUGUACGCAGCGGACUUGGGAUGUGGCUUUGGAUGUGUUGGCUUGA